AGCAGCGUUUUUCUCCAAAAAAAGGGAAGAGUUUCUUAGCGAUAUUGGACUAUACGAAAAAAGAAUGUAAAGAUUUGGGCUGCACAUAUUUGUCUAUAACUUGUACACGUUAGUGAUAUUCGGCCAGAUAGCAGAAGUAAUUAAACAAAUUAAGAAUAUUAAUAUUAAAUCAUGAUGUUUGCACCAGGAGAUGAGGACGACAUGGUUGAAUGUCCUUACAAUAAAGUGCAUAGGAUGCUGCGAAAACGUUUGGCGAAACAUUUAAUUAAGUGCCGUGUCAACCAUCCCGAUGCUGAAUUGCAGAAAUGUCCGUUUAACAAUACUCACUUGGUACCGGAGCCAGAAUUUGUUAAUCAUGUCACUAAUUGCCCAAAUCGCAAAUUAAUUAGUAAUUAUAUAUGUGUGCCUGUGGCAAAAUUGGAGGAACGGCCUCAGCAUAAGCCUGUCGAGACUGAUGAAAAUUGGGAUGAUAUGGAAGCUGCGGACUAUGAUCCAAAAAAGUAUCUUGAGAACGUUCCUGUGUUGCGAAGACCGGAUGGUACGUGUCCCUCGGAGCGAAAGGACUUUGUCAAAAAGGAACGGAAACGUUUAGGGUAUGACGAUAGUGAUACGGAUAGCGAUCGUCCAAGUUCCUCGCACAAAUCUUCUAGAUGUGAAGAAAAUGAUGAGAGGGAGUGUACGCCAACAAAUUAUCUUGAGAAUGUUCGUAUGUCACGACAAUCGGAUGGUACGCGUCUCACUGAACGAAAGGAGGUUAUUAAAAAGGAAAGCAAACGUUCAGCUUAUGAUGAUAAUGAUACUGGCAGCGAUCAUUCACGUUACCCACGCAGAGUUGUGGAAAAUGAUGAUAGAGAAGAUACACCAACAAAUUAUCUUGAGAACGUUCCAAUGUUGCGUCGAUCGGGUGGUACAUGUCCCUCGGGGCGAAAGGAAUUUAUUAAAAAGGAACGCAAACGUCCAUGCUAUAACGACAGUGAUACUGAUAGCGACCCUCCAAGUUAUUCACGCAAGUUGUUUAAACAGGAAGAAAGUGAGGGUUGGAGUGAGAGAGAGCGUACUCCACCGCCACCACCUAUUAUUAGUAAUUGGCCCGGUUCUAACCGGAGCGAAACUGCUUCAACAAGUUCAGCAACGUCCUCUGGAGGAUUCUCAACUUCGUUCAUUGAACAAACUUCCCCAAGUACGAAAUCCUAUAGAGAGCGUUCUCCACUACCUCGAGAAAUUAAUGACGCUCGGUACAAACGAAAUAAAGGUUCUUACUACGAACAACGCGAUCUGUCGAAUUUACCUAUCUCUCGUAGUCGGUACUCCAAUGGAACAUAUUGCGCAGAGCCAGCUGUGAAUUCUCUUAAUUAAUAUAAAUGGAAAAGUCAGUACUGGAGGAGACGCGAAAAUAAAUUUUUAAGAGCAAAGUUGUCAUUUCAAUAUUAUAUUUAUAGUUCUGUUUUGAAAUAUAAUCGCUAAGAUUAAAGAUU